GCUUCGCUUCGCUCGCAAUCACGGGGUCUUACGUCAUUUCACAAGCCCCUGUCGGGCCCUGAAAGGCGUCCAUAAGUUCGACGCCGGCCACCAUCUUGUCGUUCACCACAUUCUGUUCGCCUAUCUCUUUUCGGGCCAUGCUGACCGUCCACCAUCUCAAUAAUUCGCGUUCUCAACGUAUUCUAUGGCUCCUUGAAGAGCUCGAGGUGCCAUAUGAAAUCAAGAAGUACUAUCGUCUCCCAAGCAUGCGGGCUCCGCCGGAACUCCUCGCGGUGAACCCGAUGGGCAAAUCGCCUGUGAUUACAGACGGGGAGAUAAACAUUGCGGAAAGUGGUGCUAUCAUAGAAUAUAUCAUUAGGAAAUAUGGUCAAGGAAAACUCGCAACUCUUGCGGAGGAUAGCCAAGGCGCUAUUGACGACCUGUAUUUCCUUCAUUAUGCUGAGGGAUCCCUCAUGCCUAUCCUCGUCCAAAAGCUAAUUUUCAGUCUCAUACCUGCUCGUUCGCCGUGGUUAAUACGAUGGUUCUUCAACUUCAUCUUCAAUGAGUUGGCGCGGCAAAUUGUCGAGCCAGAGUUGAAAAAGAGUGUUGAUAUGGUCGAAUCACAUUUGGCCAAAAAGGAUUGGCUAGCGGGCGGUUCGGGGCCAACCGCUGCGGACUUUUCAAUGAGUAUGUGUCUGGAAAUCCUAGAGCAAGAGAGAAUUGCACAUCCGGCCACGGUUGCGUAUGUUAAGAGACUGCAAGCCAGGCCCGCAUAUAGAAGGGCAUUACUGAAGGGAGGAGAAUAUUCAUAUGGUCCAAAAUUGUGAAGAUAGAUGCCAGACAUUUCCAAGGAUAGGGAUUUUGUCUUCGCGAGCUUGGCCAUGGCAAGUGUACUGAUAAGCCUCAGUAUGUAGAAAUAAUGUUACAAUAUGUCAUGAGCUUGAAGUUCAAGUUGGUGUCAAAAAAAGUUGGAAAGC